AUGGGUAAUACUGUAAAUAAAAAGACAGUUGUUACUAAUGAAAAUGUAAAGGUUAAAACGAUAAUACCCCAAAAAAAGUAUAAUAUUUUAAUUUUGGGCCUGAAUGGGUCAGGUAAAACGACAUUAUUAUAUCAUAAUUUUAUUCCAGAAUGGACAAAUAUAACGUCUUAUAUGGAGCCCACAAUUUCGUAUCAUUAUGAGGAAAUUAAAUGGAUAAAUGGAAGACUUGGUUUUUGGGAUUUAUCUGGAAAUCCUUUGAUGAGAAAUAUUUGGCCAUUAAUAUAUAGAAAUGUAAAAGUGAACGCAAUUUUAUAUAUUAUUAACAUUAUGGAUAUAUCAGAUGAAUGUAUAUCGGAAAAUAACUCAUUAAUAAGCCUUUUGCUAAAUGAUGAAUGUUUACAAACCUCAUGUAUUGUUUUAGUAUUUAACACUUUUAAUGAGGUACACAACAUACAAGAAAAUCUUAAAAAUGAUAUGCUUAUUAAAUAUAAAAUUGAAGAUUUAAUUAAUCAUUAUGGAAAUCGAAUACAUUAUCUUUUCGUUGAUUGUAAAAAUUGUAAGAUGGACAAAGGAUGGAUACAAUUAAUGCAACAAAUAUCCUAUUACUUUUGA